GGGAUUUUUGCCAUGGCCGCCGCACCUGCUAGGGCUAGGGCUGAUUAUGAUUAUCUCAUAAAGCUUUUGUUGAUCGGUGAUAGUGGACUUGUUGAAUUCGUAGUUGGUGAUAUAAUUCCGUGAUGGGAACGCAUGUAUGUGGAAGUAGGCCUUCUCAAUUGUUUAUUGCCUUUUGCAUGAACCCUACUACAUUGUCAUGAUGCAUGGGUAUGAUCAGGAAGGUAAACGAUGAUCUACUUCUUAUUUUACUGACUACGCUAGUGAGCUUGCAUGCUUUUGGAAAUGGUUUGUGGAUUUCUCUGGGAAUCACAUGUGAUUUCUAGAUAAUUGCAGGUUCGUAGUUAAAUAUUGAUCAUUUAUUAGCUGGAAGCUCUAGUAUAUUGUACUAUUGGCUCUUUGAUGUGAUCCAUAUUGCUAGUUAAGCAUGGUUUGUCAUGAAUUAUUGAUGACAGAGGACUGUCAUUUCCAUGAUAACCAUCCUGAACUUACCGUACUAAUUGUUUCUAGUGAUAUGGUUUUAAUCAAAUCUUGUGCUGAGAAAUGCCAUUGUUUUUUACCAUUGGCACCCAAUAUUUUGUUGUUUCUUACUUUUUACUUUGUUUCUUGGUGGGUUACCAAAAUGGCAAUCACAAUUGCAUGCCCUCACAUAUGUGGAGAGAGAUGGUCUGUUGCCCUUUUUGUGGAAAGAGGUGUUGGAAAAAGUUGCCUAUUGUUGCGUUUCUCUGAUGACUCUUUCACGACCAGUUUUAUCACCACCAUAGGGAUUGACUUUAAGAUCAGAACCAUUGAGCUUGAUGGCAGGCGUAUCAAACUGCAGAUUUGGGACACAGCUGGUCAGGAACGCUUCCGGACAAUCACUACAGCUUAUUACAGGGGAGCUAUGGGUAUUUUACUGGUGUAUGACGUUACUGACGAGUCCUCUUUCAACAACAUUAGGAACUGGAUUCGAAACAUAGAGCAGCAUGCUUCUGACAAUGUCAACAAGAUAUUAGUUGGUAACAAGGCUGAUAUGGAUGAGAGCAAAAGGGCUGUACCUACAUCUCGGGGCCAGGCACUCGCUGAUGAAUUUGGAAUCAAAUUUUUUGAGACUAGUGCAAAGACAAAUCUAAACGUAGAGCAGGUUUUCUUUUCGAUAGCUAGGGACAUAAAGCAAAGACUUGCAGAUACUGAUGCUAGACCAGAGCCAGCCAUUAGGAUCCCAGGAGGAGGGGAAGUACCGGUAACGAAUGGUCAACCUCCAGCGAAGUCAGCUUGUUGCAAUUCAUGAGAGGACCUCAUGUAGAGAGAGAAAAAGAGAGGAGAGAGGGAGAAAUAUUUGGUCGGGAGGUGAUAUUUCUUUUAGGAACUGUUAAUUUACGAAUUAGGGCUAUCUGGUGAUUUUGGUGGUUCUUUUGUAUUUUUCUUCUGAUCAUUCUUUUGGACUCCGCUUUUCACUUUUUUGUGCAAUGUUGUGGUGCCAUAAAGCAUAUGACAAGCAGUGAUUCUUCUUUUCCUUUUAUUCAACACACAUUGAAAUUCCCCUCUUUACGUGUGUGAUGUGUCAUUGAAAUGUGGUGUAGUGGUUAAUGAAUUAACCAAUUGAAUAGUCCUUUCUUUUGAUUAAAGAUGGAUCGGUACCUGU